GUGGCACUCAAAUGUUUGGAGUUAUCUGGUGUUUCAGCAUGCUUGACCGACCAACAGGCUUCCCCCGCAUCCUUCUCCGGAAGGAACAGAAGAUGCGAGGACGAUGCUAAAGGGAAGGGGCGCUGUUCUCUUGACGGCUGCCUCUCUUGAGAUCAAUGAUUCAUGCAGACUAAGGCUUUAAUUUCCUGAGGAGCGAGGAAAACUUUUCUUGGUGGUUUUGUGUUCUUCGAAAGGAAACGAUGAAGGGCACCUUCAUGAGUUGCUUGCCAUCUUCAGGAAACUCGACCAGUUAUGGAGUGAUGAUGCCCCACUCAACAGGUGGUGACAUUAGAGCUGGUAAUAGGGUUCAGAGGAACGUUGCUGUUUGCCGAACCUGUUCUAUCCAGCAGCGACGUGUCUUCGGGCUCUUUUUCACCGGAUCAAACCGUUCCAGAAACGCAGGGUUGAGAGUUCAAGCAGGAUGGUUGUUCAGAGGUAGCGAGGGCAGAGAGAUGAAUGCAGGCUGCGAGCGCAGCGAGAGUGCUAACGAGGACAUCUUGGUGUUCUUUUUCCAGCUUGACCUGGCUACCCGAAUUCAGCAGUACGCGUUGAAUAUGGAGCAGUAUGAAGCGGCCCAACAACUGAGAGAAAAGCUUGCCGAGGUUGAAGCAGAGGUUAACAGGCUACAAGAAGCAAAAAGGGGCUCCACAUCGCCAAAGAGUGAAGCCCAAGAUAAAGCCAUAAGUAUCCUGCGUCUGCGUGCAGAUUUGCAGAAAGCUAUAGAGAGUGAGGACUAUGGUUUGGCUGCUGACUUACGUGAUGCAAUUUCUAGACUUGAGGCAGACUCUCUAGCAGCUUCUGCAACAGCUUUGGCUUAUGAAAGCACAGAAUAUGCAUUCCGAUUGGGACAGAAAGUACAGCACAAGAUGUUUGGCUAUCGAGCUGUCAUAUGUGGAAUGGAUCCUGUAUGCCGUGAAUCAAGAGCAUGGAUGGAGAAUGCCCAUGUUGCCAAGUUGGCCAAAGGAGCCAACCAACCAUUUUAUCAGGUUUUAGUCGAUGUGCAUGCAGAUCCAAACCUUCUGGUUGCUUAUGUUGCUGAGGAGAAUCUUGAGGCUCUCAACCCACCAGAUAAGGGCCAAUUUGACCAUCCUUACGUCUCCUUCUUGUUUUAUGGAAUGGAUACUGCUGGAGAUCUUAUCCCAAUACGGCAGCUGCGAGAGAAAUAUAACAGGCCUCGGCAUGAAGUACCUAUUGAACCUGAAGAUGACAUAGAUGGUAAGGACGGAAGUUUAAUGUAGUAAACCUAUUUCUUUCUUAUUUGAUUAUUUCCUCCCAUAUAAUGAGAAAAAACUUCCUGCCAA